AUAAACAAACAAAUAAACAAAUACAUUCCCAAAUUCACAGUUCAUGUGAUACGUGCACGAGCCUGCGUUUUCGAACCGACCAAUCAGAGAAGCCGCUCGUGACCUCUGCUGUUUUAAUUCUUAGUUUGUGUUUUUUUUAAUAAUAAAUAAUAUAUUUUAUUUGAACGCGGUAUCAUUGAAGAUAAAGACAAAUAAUGAUGUUUUAAUGAAUGAAUCUUUUUCUUUCUCCUCGGAAAAUCCGCCUCCUUCCAAUGAGACUUUUUGAUAUGCAAAUGAUCGCGAUCACUUCGUUAAUAUGCAAAUGAGGCCGUGACGUCUUUUACGAUAAACAGUUGUAGAGCAGAAGAAGAACCACAAGAAGAAGAAGAAGAAGAAGAAGGAGUCUGAGGAAACUUCUGGAUCAUUCUAACGGAUUGUUGUGGUAAAACAUCUCUUCAGGAGCGAUGACGCCUCUGAUUGUGAUGGCGCUCGGGAGCUUGUUUGCGGGAGUCAGGACUCGGGCGCUACUCGGGCGGAUGUCGGAGUCUCCUGAAGCGGGACAGUGCGGCCAGCUGACCGCGCCGUGGACCGACACCGAGGUCACCUCACUGUCCGGGGACUGGAGCCUCAUGUACCGCCUGAAAGUCUUACCCAUGUCCAAGGACGGACCACACCGCCUGGUUUUCCCGGAGCAGCCGUUGUUCCGCUUCGUUCGGCGGGUGUACCGGUGCUGUCAGAUGGGUCACCACUGUGGAGGAGUUAAAGGGCUCCAGGGCCGCCAGGCUGCAGGCUCUACGGUGGAGUUUGUGCUGAGUGAGGACGUUUGGUCAGCACCGAUACUGAGAGCUGAGGUUCAUCUACACAUUUCCAACCCACACCAGCUAAAAGUCCAGCCGCUGCUGCCCUGGUUAGAGAAACGCCACCUUCCUACCAGGUACAGUGUGUGGUGGAAGGAUGGCAUGCUGGAGGUCAAAGUAGACCUGCUCUUCCUUUUCCAGGCUCUUCAGGCUCUCAGAGGGAAGCGUGGAGGCUCCAGCAUAAUGGAGAUCCGGCAUGUCGCAGGUCUGCACACACUCCGGGCUCGAGAAGCUGAGACUCAGGGAGGAGACUGGGGGUUGGAGCGCCUCCUACAGGUUCCUGUAGAUCUGGGUCUGGCCUUACACUGCACUACAGUGGACCUGAACACAUCAGUGGCGUGUGAGAGCUACGGGGUACGGCUGCUUCACACACCCUUCAUCACGCUCUCGUAUGGAUAACACACACCAUGUACACACUCUGCUCUUGAUUUGUUUGUCACAAGUGCGAUCUCGCAGGACGCUGUAAAUAUUCCAAAUACGCACUUCAGCAAGACAGUUGAAAAUAUUUUAUUUAUAUGGGUGUUGUUUUGUGGGAAACAUGUAUAUUGUGUAAAUAAAAACAGUUAUAUAUAUAAA